UUCCUUUCCUCUUUGGUCCUCCCUCUUUCUCAAAAGGACUUUGCUGAGCGCUGGGCUCCUCCAUUCGCCGUCAGGACUGACCCCGAGGAAGGAGGGAGCGCGGGCCUCGGGGAGAUCGGGGUCCAGCCGGUCCUUUGGUCCAAGGAUUGGGGUGUCCGUCGGUCCACCGGGACCAUGGGGGCCGGGAGCUCCGCGGAGCCGAGCGCUGCGGAGGACCAGGACCCCGGGCAGACCACCCUGGCCCACACCCACACCUCCACGCCCGAGGCCGAGCCCACCCCGGACCCCGGGGUCCCCUCCGGACCCGCCGCCGACGCCCAGGUUCUCCAAAAGAAUGGCCAAAUAGCCAACCUUAAUGGGCUACAAGAAGAACAAGUAGAACUCUGCCCUCAGGUAGUAGAACCGACUGGACAGCCGGAAAACGCCACCAUCACCACAGAUGUUGGGCAGAAUGAGCCUGAAAAUGUGGUCGAUAAAGAAGACUCAGAUAAACUUGUGCCAUCCCGAUCAGCAGCUGCUGGCGAUGAUGCGGAAGAUAAGGGAGAAGAGGAGAAUGCCAGUGAAAUAAUCGAACAGCUUCCCUCACCAGAAGACAAUAGUGAAGAGGCGGAACAAGCAAGUGAACCUCAAUCAAAUGAUGUCGGAUUUAAAAAAGUGUUCAAGUUCGUUGGCUUUAAAUUCACAGUGAAAAAGGAUAAGACCGAAAAAUCUGACCCUGUCCAACUACUCACCGUCAAAAGAGAUGAUGUUGGCGUUGGAGCUGGAGAUCAUGAUGAAACGAAAUUGGAAGAAGUCAAAGAAGAGGCGAAAGAGGAUGAAUUGACUCAGACAACAGAGAUACCUGAAGAACCAGAUAAGACCGAGCAGGGCAAAGGAGAAAAUCCCCCUGAUGCAGAUUACGCUGCUGAGCCACUGGAGGAGAGCAAGGAUUCUACCGAAGAGAAAAAGGACAAGGAAGCCAGCAAGACUCCUGAGUCACCAACAAAUCCACUGGCCAGUGAAACUGCUUCACCAUUCAAAAAAUUUUUCACCCAAGGUUGGGCCGGUUGGAGAAAAAAGACCAGUUUUAGGAAGCCCAAGGAAGAUGAGCUGGAAGCUUCUGAAAAGAAAAAGGAACAAGAGCCAGAAAAGACCGAUGUCGUUGAAACUGAAGUCGAAGAACAUGGGCCGAAAGGAGAUGCCCCCGAAAAAUUAUCCCCUUCCAAAGAGCUGCCUGAUCAGGAGACCCCCGAAGGCAAAGGCGCCAUUGAGGAUGUAAAAGGUAUAGCCCCCAAAGAGCCGGGGAAAGAAUUGGAGACCGCCCCUGACAAGAAAACCGAAAUAUCCCUUGAAGAGAAGACCGCUCCCUUGGCCACAGAGAUAUUUGAUGAAAAGCUAGAGACUGUGGCAGAGGUUCAUGUCCAUACUGUUGAGGAGAAACAAGAUCAAAAAGUCGAGGUAGUACAGCUCUGUGGUUCUCUGCCCCUUGAUCAGUCCCCCGAAGCAGCUGCGGAACAGCAGAAAAUUGACUCGGUGGAGGAAUCGUCAAAGACCAAAGAAGUGUGUACCUCAGAAGGUGACCAUGACACCCAGACUGAAAUCAGCCCUGAGGAGAGUGCUUCAUGUAAACCUCCUGAAGGUAUUACUAAUGAGGCUGAAAUACUCUCUUCACAAGAAAGAAUCAAACUGCAAGGCAGUCCUUUAAAGAAACUCUUCAUUGGUACUGGCUUGAAGAAGCUUUCUGGGAAGAAACACAAAGGAAAACGAGGAGGGGGAGAUGAAGAAACAAAGCUAGAGGAGUCAGGAGAACACAUGCAGGCUUCAGCCGAUUCCCCAGAAAGUCCGGAGGAACAGAAGGGGGAGAGCUCUGCCUCUUCUCCUGAAGAAUCAAAUGAGCUGACUUUAGUGGAGAAAGGCUUAACGGAUGCUCCGCAGGAUGGGGAAGUUGAAGAAGGAGCUGUAUCUGACGGAGAGAGAAAAAGGGAAGGUGUUACUCCCUGGGCAUCUUUUAAAAAGAUGGUGACCCCAAAGAAACGGGUCAGAAGACCUUCUGAAAGUGACAAAGAAGAUGAAGUAGAUAAGGCGAAGAGUGCUACCAUGUCUUCCACCGAGAGCGCGGCCUCGGAAGCUCAAGAAGAAACAAAAGGAAACGGGGAAGAGCCGAAGACAGAAGAGCCAAAGCGAAAGGUUGAUACCUCAGUAUCGUGGGAAGCCUUAAUCUGUGUAGGAUCAUCUAAAAAAAGAGCCAGGAAAUCAUCAUCUUCGGAUGAAGAAGGAGGACAGAAGUCUGGAGGAGACGGCCAGAAGGCCGUCGAAGAAGCUGGAAAAAACAAAGAAAUGGGAGCAGAAGUAACCCUGGCCACUUCCCAAGAAAAUGAUCACGGUCAAGGAAGUUCCUCCCCAGAACAAGCUGGAAGCCCAUCGGAAGGGGAAGGGGUUUCCACCUGGGAAUCCUUUAAAAGAUUAGUCACUCCCAGGAAAAAGUCAAAAUCCAAAAUGGAAGAGAAAACUGAAGAGUCAGCCACCGUUUCUGGCACAGAGCACUCAGACGUCGAAGCCGGGAAAGAUGAAUCUUGGGUUUCCAUCAAAAAGUUCAUCCCUGGACGAAGGAAGAAAAAGUCAGAUGGGAAACAGGAGCACGCACCCGUUGAAGAAACUGAAGAGAUGGCAGAAGGGAAUGAAGAGGACUCGGAUAUCCCUGCUGUAGUACCUCUAGCUGAGUAUGAUGCGGCAGAACGGGAGAAGAUUGAAGCUCAUGAGCAAGCCACAAAUGACGUGGUGGUACAAAGAAGUUCUGUAGAGGGUGGAGCGGAAACUGUAGCUCCUGGACAGGACGAUGCCGAUGGACGGGAACCUAUUGAGGGACUGGUUCAUGCGGUAACUGUGACGGUGGUAGAGGGUGAGCGGGCGGUAACCAGCAUUGAAGAAAGAUCGCCGUCUUGGAUAUCUGCUACCGUGACCGUGCCCGUCGAGCCAGUGGCAGAAGAUGAACGAAAGCAACGGGCUGCGGAGAUACUUGAAGAGGAAGUGGUUGUGGAAGAAACAUCGGUCGUUAUCAGAACCUUGCCUCAGACGAAAGACGCUAGCGAUGACACUAUUGUUAGUGACCUGGAGUUCACAUCUGAAGCUGUCACAGCCCCAGACGAAGCCACCGAAGCUUCUUGUGUGGAGGAAACAAUGGAAGUGUCUUGUGCAGAGGAGACCACCGAAAUGGUUUCUGCAGUUUCCCGGUUAACGGAAUCCCCUGAUACGACAGAGGAGGCUACCCCUGUGCAGGAGGUGGAAGGUCACACACCAGAUUUAGAAGAUUUGAACAAAAGAACACAGGAGGUGCUUCGGGCAGUUGCAGAAAAAGUGAAGGAAACGGAAACAGCACAGGUUCCUGACGGUACCGAGGCAGAAGGCGUUGUGCAGGCAGAUGGAUCUGAAGACCCAGAGGGAAAAGGUCCCUUACAAGAUAAGCUACUGAUUGAACGAUCUUUUGCGGAAGCUGGAGAAAGUGAAAAGAAAGCGACCGAGACGAGUCAGGAGAUAAGUAGUGGGGCAAAAGAACUGCUACUGAAGGCUGAAACAGAAUAUGUAUCGGAUGACAGACAGGGUCAAGAACAAUCGAUUUCAGAGAGGGUUGAAAAAGUGCCUGAAAUUAAAGAGAGUGUGGAGGAGUCCACAUCUAAUGAAGAUAAAUUAUAUAGUGAUGUUAAAACAGCAUCCCAACCUGGGAUUCUACCCGUAGUAAAAUCACGGGCCAUUUCAACAGAACGGUCCACAGAAUCAUCACCGGAUGAGGCGACAGAAGAAAGUACCCCAGUAGCAGAUUUUGAAGAUCUAACUAUAUUGCAUCAAGAAAAGGCUGACGUGCCCCAAGAAUUAGAUGCAGUGGUAGAUGCAGUCACUCACAUGGGGUCAGAGUUAACAGAAGCCCCUGUACAGAGUGAGGUACUUCCAGAAGAUUCUGGUUCCCAGCCUCCCCAAGAAAAGCUAUCGGAAGAGCCUAGGUCAAAGGAAGUGCCAGGAUCUAUAAAGAAAGACACGCUGGCUGAAACGAUUCAGAUUUCUUCAGGAAAUGAAACUGUGCAACAGGUAGAUGGGCAUGUUGAGGAUGAAGACCUCAAAGCCACCCCAGUUGAGGAAGAUUUUCAAGCUUUUUCAGACCCGGCAAUAAUCAAGUCGGAUGAUGAUCGACAAGGGAUACGUGAAGUUGAACCAAAGGAAGCAACCCGUCCCGAAGAGCCUAAAGUGGAACAGUAUGUGGGCGAUUCUGAAAACAUAGAACUAGAGAGUGAUGUUAAAUCUUACUCCACUCAAGUGCAGGAAGAGAUUGUGGUGCAAGAUGAGGCAGUGACCUCAGAAAUUCUCAAAGUUGAGAGCUCUGAGGCUCAAAAAGCAUCCUUACCGCUCACUGCUGCAGCAGUAGAGGAGAAGGUGGUAGCAGAAACAGUAAAGGCUGUAGGAACAGAAGCCGAAAGUUUGGAGCCUGUAGAUGUGAACUUUGCUCCUGAAGAAAUGCCUUCUGAGACAGAGCAAGGCUUAAUGACUCGUCAGUCAGAGCAGACUGCUGGAGUUGACCAGAAACCUUCAACGGAGUCUGCAUCUCCAACAGCAGAACCCAUAUCAGGAACAGUAACCGUACCAGCAAGUGCCGCUGUUGCGGAGAAAUUGAAAACCUCUGAUCUAGAACAAGGAUGUAGCCAGAAGUUGCACAAACUGAAGCUAGAUGAGGCUGACGACCAAACUGUCCUUCAGGAAACCAGUCAGAUGCCAGCACUAGUGGAAUCUGGAAAGGAUGAGAAUCAGACUUUAACUAUAGAAUCUCAAAGUAGCAAAAUUGUUCAAAAUGUUAUUCAGACGGCUGUUGAACAACUAGUGGACUCGGAAGAGCCAGAUGCUGGAACAUCCGAAUCGAGUCCCGAGAAGCCGGUACAAUUAACGCAGAGUAAAAGCCAGGAGGCUGUGUCUACAACGGAAACAGAUGAAAGGGUACAGGCAGCUCCUCAGCUUCCCACAAAAUGUGAAGUGAAAUCUGUUACAGUUGAAGAGGAUUCAGUAGAAGACAAAAAGGCGGUAGAGCCAACUGUAGAUUUACCCGUAACUUCAGAUCUUUCCAAAGAAGACACCGUUCAGGCCUCAGACAAUGCAACUGCCUCAAGUGCUCAGAAAUCUAGAUUACCUAUAGAGGAGCAGCAGUGUGAAGCAACUGUAGUGUUGCCUGAAGAAGACAAAGCGGUAAUCGGAAGAGAACCACAUUUGAAAGAUGAUCAUGACCUGUCGGGAGAAAGAACUGAUAAACCAAAACUUGGAUCCGAAGAAGAAGAUAAAGGUGAGGUGUCACUUGGUCACUCAGAGGACCAGACAGCAGGCCCAGAGGAAGCAAAUGUCUCAAAAGAAGUAGCUGAAAAAUCCCCAGAUGCAAAUGGACCAAAACUAAAGGAGGAGGAAGCCUUCCAGGUGGUGGAAUCCCAAGAGACACUAGUAGUUGAGCAGACGUAUGUGGAAAGAAAGGAAGAAGUAUGUAGUGAGUCAUUAGAAGAUAUCAAAACACAGAAGCAGGAAGAGGUAUCUAAGGAUGACGAUGGAUCUUGUGUAUGUCCACCAAAGUCAGCUUCUGAAGAAUCCUGAGACGUAGUCUAAAGUACAUUAUGUACGUUGCAUGACCAGAAUGUGAAGAAGGCAAGAGAAGAAAAUGAAGAUUGCUAAUUACACUGCAGACCAAUCUUUCUGAGCUGUGAGAAGAAAAGAAAGGCUACCAACAUCCAUACCAUUCCUGGAGAAGCUACUGACAAUCCUGAGGUAGCAUCAGGAGCUUUAAUCACCAUUUUUUAUUCAUGGAUGUUCACACUUCCUCUCUUCAAAACCUCCCUGUAUUUUUGCUUAAUAAAAUAAUACAUGAUGUUUUUGAUUUAUUGACCUAACAUGUUAACCUGGAAAGGAAGUUGGCGACACCCAGUUUCUGCGAUUCCAGAAUUCUGUUUUUUACAUCCUUCCAAAACUGGAGUGUAAUUCUUUUAUGUAUUUAUAUGUAUAUCUUAAAUAAACUUAGUUCUGUUUUAUUGUAUAUUUUUCUCAACUUUAUGUUUAAAGAAAUAUGCAGUGGGUGGUUAUCGAUCACUCUUAGUUUUGAAGUACGUGAAAUAUCAAGUGCACAUGACCAAAGUGAAGCGCUGUAAAGUUUUGGCCCAAAAUAACUAACCUAUGAAAACUAAGGUUGUUUCUUCCAUAAAGGCAUUCCUGGUCAAAAGGUACAAUUCCAAUUAAUAAACCUACUGAUGUAUAUGUGAGCAAUGAAAUUGUAACCCUGAGGAUCGUUGGUUUUCUUGUCAUUCAGUGGAGAGCUAGAAAUAAUUUUAUUUAAACACUUUUUUUUGAAAAGCCAGAAGCUGGGAGUCCCUCUAUUUGUAAACUUCAUGUCUUAACUCCAUCCCCAUUCACUUUGGCAUGACUCUUUUAACAGAUGAGUGUGCUUAUGUCUCAAGACGAUUCUGAAUUGUAUUUGAUGUUACCAAGAAAAGGUUGACUGUUUGUAAUGCUUAGAUUUUUUUUUACAGUUCCUGGACCAACAACAUACAUUAACAGCAUGAAAUAAGACAAGUUCUAUAAAAAAAUGUUUUUUGAUAGAUACUGAAUUGUAUCUUCAUAUCUAUGCUCACUUUUUUUAAGGACAGUGUUUCAUUAUCUUCACAUUCAUUUGGCCAACUGUGUUUUCACAAAUGACUUAAAUAAAAUACUUGCCUACACAUAGGUUUGUCGGUUUUAUUAAGACCUAGGAAAUUUGGGACAGACAAAAAUUACCUUAUGGAUAUGGGUGAAUGAAUUGAAAGACUGGGUAAACUAGAAAACGGCAACUUUCUCACUUCGGCGGUGUCCAAGUGAGUUACCAUGCCAACUUAAAAGACCAUUUUUACAGAAAAUAUAUGCAACUUCAUUCCAGCCUUAUUCAGUGGUAUUCAAGAUAAGUAAAGUAUUUCUCAAAAGUCUGAAUACAUUCCAGAAAGGGUGCGAUACCUUUUUGCCCCAACCCUUCCACUCCCCAUUCCAAAAGUACAGACCGAAGGGAACUGAAUUGUUAAAUAUUGGUGAAAUUCUACCAUCUAGUGGUGUUUUUUUGAAGGUUGUUCAUCCCUCUGGGGCUGACAGUACAUAAUCCAGACAUUCUGAUUGGAUUGGAAAGUAAAUGCUCAUAUACCUAGGAAUUUACUUUUUACAGGAUCCUUGUUAAAAGAAGAUACCCAGGGCCAAGAUUGGCAUAGGAGAAUUUUUUGAACUUGUGUUUGAGAAUGAUUCCAACGAUAGUUUUGUCAGGAGGCAAGAAUGGGCUUCCUGAGUAUCCUUAAACACAAUCAGAUUACAAAUGUGCAAAAUAUCUGCCAUAAUGUUCACGUCCUAAACAUGCUGUCUCUCUAUGUCUAGAAUUGAUCUCAUAGUAUGUAUUUCUAAAUGUCACUCUCUAGCAUAACUGCAGUAUUCCAGUGUUUAAGUGCUCAGGCUGCAGGUCACUUAGACCUAUGUACUUAGAUGUGCUGGAAAGUCUGUCUCUCUCCCCGUGCAGACUGUUACUAAAUGUCAAUAUACUACUGUCAAUUUUACUUCUAAACUGGAAGUUCUUUUCCAUUAGUGUUGCAAGCAGCACACAUGGCUACUAUGGAAAAUUUGCAUUGUAACUAAGGAAUAUCUGACUUGUGGCCCUUAAUUAUGAAUUUGGCCUUGGAGAUAUUUUCUUUCAUCAUUCGCAAACAUUUUACCAUUGACAUGAACUCCUGUGGGCUACCUGUGACUGCCGUGUUAAUUUUACUGGCCCACAAACUUCUCAUACUUGUUCCUCUUCCCCAAAUAUAUAUGCCCCUGGCUGCUACUAUUUUUAUAAUGGGGCCAGGCUGGACGCAUCAUGCAUCUAACAGGCAAGAACGCCAUGCCUUACUCAAAUAGAGCUACUUAAGCAUAUACAUUAAUCAAACUUAGCAGAAUAUUAUGUCUUAUUUUGACUCCUUCCAAAUUCCCAUCUUUACCUACUGUCUCGUUCCUGGCCAUUUCCCCGGGCCAUUCUCCUCCCCACCUCCCCAGUCUCCUUAGCUUUGGGCACAUAUCCUGAUACAUGCCAAAAAUGACAAUUGGUUUUACAGAGGUUAGGGUGGCUUGCAUUGUCUGUGUUUUUAGGCCAAUGCCUCAUUGUGUCCUUGGUUACAUUUGUACAAAUUGUAUGUUUGAUAUUUGUUCGGCCAUAUUCUAGCUGCAACGGGUACAACAAACAUAGCAUGAACUGUAUACUGAUUCUAAGUUUCAUAGUUCUGAAGCAGCUGUUAAUUUGUAAAGUAAAUUUGGAUUUAGAACUCAGCUCUAGCAACUGUAAAUUGUUUGGAAAAAUUGGGGAGCAAGUGCCUAAAUCUUGCUUGUUUUUGAUAUAAUUGUGGGGCCUUGUAUAGUUAGAAGCAAUGCAGCCAAUUGUAAACUCCUUAACACUUCUUGUAACUGAGGACUAUAAAAUGUUGCCCCCCCCAGAGAUUAUUUUAUUAAUGGUGCCAGUGAUUUGUCUCUAUAUACAAGCACUUUUGCAAUAUACUGCUUUGAUCUCUGUGGAACCACAAAUAUUCAGUUGAGGGCUUGGAACUUUAGCUUGCAUUUUGAGCUUCAAGCUUUGCAGAUUCCUCUGGUCCAAGGCAUUGUUACAAGAUGUUUGGUUCCUCAUUCUGUUUUUAAGGUAGAUUUUCAUUAUCUAAAUAAAAUUCAACUCAAAUACAA